AUGGGUAAAGGGAAAAGCAAGCGUUCGUCAGACGUCCAGGAGACCCUUAAAGAUGGGGUCCCCGCUGUUUCCGAGACCCAAUCCGCGCCAGACUUGCCACAGAUCGACGAAAGUGCCUUCGCUGGUCUCCGACAGAAAAUCGAGCAGCGGUUGAAGGACCAGAGCUCUGGCAAGGAGAAGGGAAAGAAGAAUGGCAAGGCAUCUGCACCGGCAGAGAAGCCGAAUCCGAAGAAGGGAAAGGAUGCUGCGCCUAAGGGUGGGAAUAAACAGGUUUCUUCUGCACAGGGCAAGAAGCGGGACCGCAAUGGCGACGUGAUUGCGCGUGAGGAUAAGAAGAAGGCUGGAAAGCCAGGAAAAGCGGGAAAGUCUGAGAAGGAGGACAAGGACGUGGAGACUCUUCGCCAGGAAAUUCUUGCGUUGGGUGGCACCGAGGACGACCUCGAGUUACUCGCUGAUGUUGACUCCGAAGACGAAGUCGAGGGUACUACGACUAAGGAUGGUGACGAUGACUUGCGCGAUGAGCUCGCGAAGAUUCUGGGAGCUGCAGGCCAUGUUGUGCCUGAGGAUCUAGCAGAUGAAGACGUCGAGGAGGAAGAGGAAGAUCAAGAAGAGGAAGAAGGAGAAGACGAUGAGGAUGAGCUUAGUGAAGACGAUCAAGGGAGCGAUGCCGAGGACCCUUCCGAAAUGUCUGACAUUGAGGAGACUCCAAAGCAAAAAGCAGCCAAGUCUGAGGCGCCUGAGACUGUGCACGUGCCUAAGGAAUAUGCAAAGCUCGCUAUUCUUCCUCGAUCUGACUGGUAUGCAGUUCCUCUCCCGCCAGUAAAGGGCGCAAAAGAAAUCAAUGCGCUGCCACGGCACUUGAUCGACCGAGUCCAUGAACUCGCCAAGUCUAUGCUCCAAGAGGAGAACGACCAAUAUGCGGAGGCCCAAAAAACCUCAGCAUCUUCUUCUCACAAAUUCUACUCGACUAUCAUGACAUCUGGUACUCUCAGUGAUAAAAUUUCGGCCCUGACUCUUGCUGUACAAGAAUCCCCUCUGCACAACACCAAGUCCUUGGAGACCCUUAUAGGCCUUGGGAAGAAGCGCAGUCGUGCCCAGGCCGUCGAAGUAUUGCGCUCGCUGAAGGAUAUGUUCGCUCAAGGUACCCUGUUGCCAAGCGAUCGCCGACUUCGGUCUUUCCACAACCAACCCUCGCUCGUCGCCGCUUUCCAGGGCGCCGGUGGCCGCUGGAGUGAGCGCGACCCGCUUCCUGGCGGCUUACAAAAGAGCCACCUGAUUGCCUGGGCAUUUGAAGACUUUGUAAAGGAGCAGUAUUUUGAGGUUCUCAAGGUGUUGGAAACCUGGUGUAACGAUGAGAUUGAGUUCUCUCGAUCUCGAGCUGUUAGUUACGUCUUCGAGCUGCUGAAGGAGAAGCCAGAGCAAGAAGCGAACUUGCUUCGUCUGCUGGUCAACAAGCUUGGUGACCCUGGAAAGAAGAUUGCGUCGCGCUCGUCAUAUCUUCUACUUCAGGUCCAGCAGUCCCACCCGCUAAUGAAGCCUUUGAUCAUCAAAGCUGUGGAGGAGCUCCUUUUCCGCCCUGGCCAAAGUCAACAUGCUAAAUACUACGCUAUCAUCACAUUGAACCAGACUGUCCUCAGCUCAAGGGAAGAAAAGGUUGCUGCACAAUUGUUGGAUAUCUAUUUUGGCAUGUUCGUUACUUUGCUGAAGCCAGCAGACAAGCAAGCACACAAGGGCAGAUACCAGGGCAAACAUGGCCACAAGGGCCACAAGGGCCAUAAGGGCAAGGGCCAGCCCGAGAAGGGCGAGGCCCAGACCGAUGAGAUGCGCGAGAAGCUGAUUUCAGGUGUCUUGACCGGUGUCAAUCGCGCGUACCCUUUCACCGAUUCUGACUCAGACCGUCUCUCAAAGCACAUCGAUACCCUUUUCCGGAUCACCCACUCUUCGAACUUCAACACGAGCAUCCAGGCUCUGAUGUUGAUCCAGCAGCUUACUUCAUCUCACCAAGUUGCCAGCGAUCGCUUCUACAGAACUCUAUACGAGUCGCUCUUGGAUCCUCGUGUUGCAACAUCCUCGAAGCAAUCUCUCUAUCUCAACCUUCUGUUCAAGGCCCUCAAGAGUGACCUGAACGUCCGCCGAGUCAAAGCUUUCGUCAAGCGCAUCGUCCAAGUCCUCGGAAUGCAUCAGCCCAGCUUUAUUUGCGGAGUUUUCUACCUCAUCCGCGAACUCGAAAAGACCUUCACGGGCCUCACAGCUCUUCUCGACCAACCCGAAGACAACGAGAGCGACGACGAAGAGGUGUUCCGCGACGUUCCCGAUGAAGACGACGAGCCUGCGCCCACUCCGGUCGUUCAACCCAAGCCUAAGCGCGAGCACGCCUACGACCCGCGCAAGCGCGAUCCCGAGCACAGCAACGCCGACAGAACCUGUCUCUGGGAACUUUUGCCCUUCACAUCUCACUUCCACCCUUCCGUCUCACUAAAUGCUACUCGUCUGCUCGAACACGAGCCCAUGAGCGGCAAGCCAGAUCUAACGCUGCAUACGCUCAGCCACUUCCUCGACCGUUUCGUCUACCGCGCGCCCAAGGCCAGCGCUGCCUCCCGCGGCGCCUCUAUCAUGCAGCCUUUGGCCGGUGGAGAGACUGCGGACCGGUUGGUGGAGGCUGGCAAGUCUGCGCAGCUGGGCAUGCCGCUUAACUCGGAGAGCUUCUGGAAGAAGAAGGCUGAUGAGGUUGCCGCUGAAGAUGUCUUCUUCCACGAGUACUUCACCCGAGUCAACAAGGAUAAGGCUCGUGCUAAGAAGAGUAAGGGUGGGAAGGAUGAGGAUGAAGAUUCGGAUGCUGCCAUUGACGACGGAGAUGGCCUCAGUGACAACGAGUCGGAGAUCUGGAAGGCACUGGUGGACUCGAAGCCUGAUCUGGAGGCUGGAGACAGCGAUGAUGACAUUGACAUGGACGACUUGGCCUCUGCUUAUGAUGACGACGAGGACGAGGAAAGCGAAGGUGAAGGCGGCGAUGACGAGGUCAUAUUCAACGACGAGUCCGACGUGCCGACCGACGAUGAAGCCGAGGAGGACGACUUUACUGCAUUUAGCGACGAGGAAGGUCCCGCCACCGCUCCCAAGAAGGCUCCCAAGAAGGCUCCCAAGAAGGCGGCCAAGCCCGAGAAGGAAGAGGACGAAGAAGACGACUUUGACAUGGACGUCUCAGACGAGGAGGCCUUCCUCGACAGCGACGAGGACCUGCCAUCGGACGUGGAGCUGGGUGGAGUGGAGCUGCCAGACGCCAAAGCGGAGCCUUCGGAGCGCAAGAAGCGCCGCAAGCUCAAGCACCUGCCCACCUUUGCUUCGGUGGACGACUACGCGGCCCUUCUGGCGGACGAAGAAGAGGGCAUGUAG